AUAGUCGCAAGUUGUCUGAUAAUUAAUCAAGAAGCUCAAAUGUAUGUAAAUGUAACCAAAAAUUAGAACAAAGGAAAUUGAACAAAAAAGUGAUGUUGCAGUCCAGAAGUACCGUUUGUGGACCCACACCCAUGUGACCCACAUCCAAACCAGGAAUCGCACCACUCUUCCUCCAUUCCAUAUCAUCACCGUCCUUUUUCUUUUUCAAUAAAUAGCUCCUCAUUAAGCUUGCCGAAAUCAUCAUCAGGAGAUCAAACCAGCCAUGAGAGUAGCUACACUUGUGCAGUUAACGUUCACUGCGUUCAUGAUCACUGCAGCCGCAUCGCAGACCCCUUCAACCGUGUAUACCAACCACACUGUAGGCGAGAAGGCCGGCUGGUUCUUCAACUCCACCGCUAGCACCCCUGCAGUUAACUAUUCCUCCUGGGCCGCUUCUCAAACCUUCAAUCUAGGAGACUUUUUGAUUUUCAACACAAACACCAAUCAGACGGUGAUCCAGACCUACAACGAGACAACAUUUAGGAACUGCACAAUCGACGAAUCAUUGGAUAAUGAUACGAUCCAGUACGAUGGUGGAAACACAGCGUUUGGCAUAGCGUUGACAAUCUCUGUACCGUUGACUAUUGAAGGUCCAAAUUAUUUUUUCUCAGAUGGCGAAGACGGCAAUCAGUGUCUUCAUGGAAUGGCCUUCGAGAUCCAAGUCAACCGCGGCCUUGGCUUACCUCCCAGCCUUAAUCAGCCGCCGCCCCCACCAUACAGAGAGCCUGAUUCUGCUCAGUCGCCGCCGAUUCCCAUUCAAGGUGGACCGCAGUCAUCGGGGAAUCUUAGGGUUAAGGAUCUUACUGGUGCGGGUGGAGUUGCAUGCGGCCUUCUCUUUAUCAUCGCAGGUUGUGCUCUGUCUUAGACAAUUAUUGACACUGGUGGUAAAAGAGGUGGGUUAUUUUUUAAAAAUGAUUGUUCGGUGUGUUUGGUUAUCCGAAUAGACGUGUCGGCAAAAUAGGAAAUCUUUGAGAGGUUGUUAGGGUGUUAAUGUAGGAUGCACUUCUUCAGUUUAAUCAUAUACCCUCUAAACGGAUUACAGAUUCUCUAUCAAGUAAAAGGAUAUAAUUCGAUUUUUUGAAACCAA